GCUUUUGUUAAUUGGAGAGAUUUCAAAAUGGAUCAAUUUGUGAUUUGUUUUUAAAAUCAUUAUUGUUUGAAACCGAUUCGGCCCCAUUAACAUUGUUCCAUCUUUGCUAGGGCCAGAUGAGGCAGUGGAUCGAUGAAGGCCGGAUACAAUAUGGUCUGGUCUCGCCACAAACAGCACUGAACCAGUUGCACAGCAGGCAGGCCGAUUGAAUUUACCCAGUUGAACAGCACCGUGGGCGGGGAGUGUUUACGUGGAGAAUCCCAGCCCCCGUUGGCCAUCAGCAGAAUGUGACGUCACUGACGACGCCACGGCCAUUUCCUGUCCAGCCGUGCACGUGGCUGUGUGUGCGUGUGCACGUGUGAGGGCUGACCCGCCCUCUCUGCGUACGGGACAUGUUUGAGGUCAAACCCCAUCGAGUGGAGAAGAAGGAGUCCAGCACGGAGACAGAUGAGGGCCUGGGCAGCAGUGGGAAGCGGUACGGCUCGGGCUCCCUGGGCUCGGGUUCGCUGUACCUCUCGGACAGCCAGGACUGGGCCCUCUCCCCGGGCUGCUCCCCUGACGAGGCCCCCGGCCCGCACAGCGUCGUCUCCCCCAGCCUCGCCGACGAGACCUUCCGCUACAUGACGUACCUGGCUUUGGACCCCUCCUCCUAUCCCCUCCCCAACUCUGGAAACAUCUCCAAAGUUCUCAGUGCCGAUCGCGUUGAGCAGAUGACCAGAACCUACAAUGACAUCGAGGUGGUCACGCAUCUGCUCUCCGAGCGCGACAGGGACCUGGAGCUGGCGGCUCGGAUCGGUCAGUCGCUGCUGCAGCGCAACAACCUGCUGCAGGAGCGCAACGAGGCGGUGGAGGAGCAGCUCAACCAGGCCAUCGACCAGGUGCACCAGCUGCAGCACGAGCUGGCCAAGAAGGACGAGCUGCUGCGCAUGGUGGCCAGCGCCUCCGAGGAGAGCGAGAGCGACUCCAGCUGCUCCACGCCCCACCCGCUGCUGCAGCGGGCCCCGGGGGGCGGAGCCUCGACCGCCGCCGCCGCCGCCACCACCCUGGGCCAGCUGGAGGCGCUGCAGGGCAAGCUGGAGGAGCUGGAGGAGGAGAACCAGGCGCUGCGGUCGGAGGCGAGCCACUUGAAGACGGAGACGUUCUGCUAUGAGGAGAAGGAGCAGAGGCUGGUCAACGACUGUGUGAAGGAGCUCCGUGAGUCCAGCAGCCAGGUGCUGUCCCUGGCUGACGAGCUGUCCCAGAAGGGGGAGGAGGUGCUGCGGCACCAGGAGGAGAUCGCCCUGCUGCUCUCCCAGAUCGUAGAGCUGCAGCACCGCGUCAAGGAGCUGGCCCUGGAGAAGGAGGAGCUGAGGAUCCACCUGCAGGCUUCGAAGGGCCAGAGGCAGCUGACCGCAGAGCUGAACGAGCUGACGGAGCGCAACGCAGAGUGCUUGGGGAUGCUCCACGAGUCCCAGGAGGAGGUCAAGGACCUGCGCAGCAAGAGCAACACCACGGGCGGCCUCCGCAGACACCUGUCCUACGGCCUCUACCCCAUGGACUCCCUGGCGGCGGAGAUAGAGGGCACCAUGAGGAAGGAGCUGAGUGUGGACGAGGAGACGAUUUUCCAGGACCAGAGGACCUCCCAGAGGCGGGUGUUCCAGACGGUGCGCUCCGUCAACACGCUAACGGCGCGGGCCUCCUCCUCCCCCAUCCCCGGGUCGGGGCUCACCCUGGUGAUGACUGCUCAGCCCUUCCAGUCGGCCCAGGGGGACGAUCACCGGUCGGCCCCGGGGCCGCGCCCGCCGGGCCCUCCCGCCGGCGACCACCUCAGCGACGCCAUCCGCCGGCUCUCCCUCCGGCGCCACAACUUCCUGUGCGAGCGCAAGUUCUUCCAGGCGGAGCGCCAGCGGAAGACGGAGGCCCUGGGGGGGGGGGCGGGGCUGGAGGAGGGCGAGGGCGGGGCCAGCGGCGCGUGCUCGCCGGCGGGCAGCGGCCGCUCGUCCUGCUCCAACCUGUCGGAGCUGUCGGCGGCGUCGGGCGGGUUCAAGAGCUUCCUGCCCGAGAGGCUGCAGAUCGUCAAGCCCAUGGAGGGCUCCCUGACGCUGCACCACUGGCAGCAGCUGGCCCAGCCCCACCUGGCCACGCUGCUGGACCCCCGGCCGGGGGUGGUGACCAAGGGCUUCCGCCCGCUGUCCCACGACCGGGACCCCCCCGCCCCCUCCUACCGGCUGGACGACCCGGAGGAGGAGGACGAGGAGGAGGGGGGGCGGGGCCGCGCCGGGGGGGCCGAGAAGGGCUCCACGGAGCGGGGCAAGCCCGUCGAGAAGGACGAGGAGGAGGAGGAGGAGGAGGAAGGGGGCAUCGUGUUUGAGGUGCGCGUCUCGUCCACGCCCGAGGACCGGCGGGAGCGGCCCAGGCUGCCGGGGUCGCCGUUGCCCUCGGCGACGGACCUGCGCCCGCCGCUGUUCAGGCCCCUGGCGGCCGUGGGCGCCGUGUCCUACGCCUCCGCCCUGCGAGCUGAGCUCACCCCAGGCUCCGCCCCCGGCCCCGCCCCCGUCUCCCCCUGUGCGGUGCAGCCCGUUGCCGCGGGAACCGCCCCGCCGAGCGACGCGGCGCCCGGUCCCGUCCGACCGGAGGGCGCGGCGGUCGCCUCCGCGGGCGCGCCGGCCGUCUUGUCGUCAGCGCAACACCCGGGCAAGUGCCAGAGCUCCACCUACUCCACCUACACCGUCACCACCUGCCGCAUCCUCCACCCCAACGACAUCACCCAGGUCACCUCCAGCUCCCAGCCCGUGUGGUCGGUGGCGCCCCCCGCCCCGCCCAGCUCCCUGCGGACGGGCCCCAGCACCCCGGUGACGCCCUGCCGCCUCAACCUGGGGGGCUCCUCCUGCUUCCCCCCCCGCCGCCCGUCCGCCCCCCCCCCCCCCGCCGCCGCCGGCCUCGCCAAGCUGGUCCUGGAGCGCGGCAUCUCGGCCUCGGCGCGGCCCGCCCCCUCCCCCCGCCGCCCCGCCCCCCUCCUCCCCCAGGGCCCGGCCGGCGGCCCCCCGCCCCCCGGCGGCCCCCCCGCUGGCGCCGCCGGCGACCAACGGCCCGCGCUCGCCCUCGACAACUUCCUGGCGUCGCGGCCCGCCGAGCUCUUCCUGCAGGACGUGUACGGGCUGAACCUGGGCCGGGCGCCCCCCCACCCCGACCUGCCCAGCCCCCGCCCCGGCCCCCCGCCCCCCAAGGGCAGCGGGGGCGGCGGGGGGCCCGACCCCGUCAGCGUGGGGCUGGUGGAGCGGCUGUGUCGCCUGGGGUUCGGCCGGGUGCUCCAGGGCCCCGCGGACCCCCCCCCCCCCUCCUCCUUCGUGGUGGCGGCGGGGGGGGGCAGCCUGCUGGCCGGCCUGCGGCGCAACCAGAGCCUCCCCGUCAUGAUGGGGGCGCCGCCGGCCCGGCCCCGGCCCCCGGCCCCCCCCACCUCGCUGGCUCUGCCCCCCCCGCCCUGGGGGGACCCCAAGGGGCAGCAGAGGAGGGGGAGGCUGUCCUCCUUCACCCAGCCCCCGUCCUCCGGGGCCGGGAGGCACUGAGCGAGGGGGGGGGGGGGGGGGGGGGGUACGUGUGGCUGCCGUGCACCUCCUCCCUUCUGAUCUGCCCCCUCCCCAUCCCCAUGGCAACUCUCCCACCCUCGUCGUCGUCGUCCCCCCGCUCGGGACUGAAACGGUUUCCACGGAAACGAUUUGGUUCCCUCGUCUUUUCUUAAAUGAUGAUUAUUGACGUGAUUCUUUUAAAAGCACAAUGGACGGCGCAUGGUUGAGCUGCGACUUUGUAUGCGUUGGGAUGCCUGCUGAUGCCUUAAUCCGCCUGUAUUGGGGUUAGGGGAAUGGGGUGGGGGGGGGGGGGGUGCUCUGAGGUCAGGCUCAGGUUUGGGUUCUGAGGAAAAUGCAAAAUGGAGAAUAAUUCCUGUAAAAUGCGUACCAUUUUGACCCCGUUGCUUCUGCAAGGCUCUGGGUGUUGGCGUACAAGAGGUGGAGGUUUGAGGAAGUGAAGGAAGGGUGCCUGAAAGUGAUGAAGGAGGUGAGGGUUUUGGGGAAAAUGAAGAAGUUUGGUCUCAGUAAGUGUCGUGGGGUUUUCAGUAAUGUUUGAACCCAGCAGGAGAGGAGGGGGAUAGGUUGAGGGGGAGAGGGAAGGGUCGUCCAGGGCCUUGUGUCUAGGGUCUCUUCCAGGGCCUUGUGUCUAGGGUCUCUUCCAGGGCCUUGUGUCUAGGGUCUCUUCCAGGGCCUUGUGUCUAGGCCGUACAUCUCAAGAAACUAGGGUCAGGGUCGGGGCUAACGCUGCUUCUUUGUUGCUUGCGCGCUCAAACGAGGACUACAUAUCCCUAUGUCACCGGCGUUUUUUAUAUCAAACCUUUUAUUUAAAAUAGAAACAUUGUCUUUUAAGGAUGGGACAAUUUUCUUUGUUUAAUUCUGACAAACUAUGUUUUUACGACGCAGCUCUGUAACGGACCUCCCUGUAGGUUCUUUCGUCAACUGACGUUUAGAUCCACCGUCGCAAGGAGCUCGGUGGGAAUGUGUCGUCUGGUCAGCCAUAACCUGGUGCCACAGGUGGGUACUACGGUUAGAACCUUGAAUAAAUAGCUGUUUACUUAUUUGACCGGGUUUUUUAACUAGUUGACCGUGGCAACGCUAGUGCCCGUUCGCGUCCACUGUGUUUUGUCUUUUUGUUCCUACCAUUUGCAUAUUUGACCAGCAUGCACUGCUGCACUGAUCCACUAGGGCGAAAUGGCCGAAGUCAAAAUAUUUUAUACUUUUUGCGGCUGUUAUUUUUUGGUUUGUUUUUAUGCCUAAUGCUUCUUAAAGAGAAGCAACAGACAGUUUUGCCACGGGUUCGAUUUUAUUUUAAGCCAUGGUUGUACGAUUAUCGGAAUGCACUUAUUACUUUCGUUAGAGUUUAAGAAUGUUUUAGUUUUUUUCAAACGAGCUGCACGGGUUUGGUUAAAAAACGCUCACCAAUGAGAAUUGGGGUCGUAUUUUAUGGGUUUAGGAUGGGGGGGGAGUGUAUCAGAUUCUCAGGCUCACGUCGUGUUGGCGGCUCCGUACUUGGAUGGGGGGAGGGGGCACUCUGGCACAUGCUAUUUAGUUGUGGUUCACCUUAUUGUUGAUUGUUGUGUUUAUUCUUCAGUGGUUAGCUAGCUGGUCUGGGCACUCAGCGUCAUCCCGGGUUCAGUACAAGGACAAAACCAUGGACUUUCUUUUUAAUAACAGGGGGCCUGGUUUCGUUAUCGAUUUCCGAUUUUCAAGCGCAAUAUCUCCAACAACCACAACAACACCGUCCCAAAUGCGGAAUUUAUACUUUUACAAUUCUCGAUCUGUUCAGUUACAUUAAUACUCAAAAUAAUUUAAUCGGGGCCUGUUUGAGACGGUGGCAGUUUGGGAAUUGUGCAUCUGGGAUAUGUUUUAACACCCAAGUUGGCCCUUGUGAGUCCUGACUUAAGCUAGCUUUCCUUGCAGUCCAUCUGUCUUUCUGCCCAAACAAUCCUGUACCGAUGGAAUAUUGCACGUAUUUCUUUCUCACAAAUGUACAUUUUUAUUUUUCAUUUAUUGAUGACCGUGUAGGCAAUAUAGAAUAACACUGUACAGGAUAUAUAAAUGCGUGAUUUAACAAGGCUAAUUUAGCAGGCAUUAACGCAGUCAUCAAAAGAUAUUGCAACAUCGCAUUAUCACAAACCUUUCUUAUUUGUUUUGUUUUAAAAACUGUAUAUCAACCGCACAAGGUUUGCAAACCAAAUACUUUUUUUGUAAUUAGUGUCGACAUUGACCGACGUAGAUAUCCAGUAAGCUAACGUGUGUGUGUGCAUAAUAACUAGCUAACGCUAACACUAGAGAUGCCGUUUUUGCUUCGGAAUUUUCAGGGCGUUAAUCGGCAACGGUAAACCGGGAAACUUCGGCUCCGUUCUGAUUGGUUCAUCCCACAGCUUUGUUUUUUCCUCGCAGAACCUUCGUGGUCGAAUCCACACACGGACCUCUGUCUUCUGUUUUUGUUUGUUUGUUUGUUGUGGUGGUAUGAACCGCCUGGUGACGUCACCCUGCCUACGUCCUGUCGUUCGGUUGCCUCUUUUUUUAUAAAAUAAAUCCAUGGAAAUGAA